AUGGACGCCGAUGACGCUGCGGCUGCGUCAGGCCAGCGGCCGCGCAAGAAGAGGGCGACGGCCACCCGCAAGUCGCUCACCUGCGAGCACUGCAACCGGCCCUUCGCCCGCCUCGAGCAUCUCCAACGGCAUCUCCGCACCCAUACCAAGGAGAAGCCGUUUACCUGUGAGAUAUGCUCCAAGUCGUUUGCCCGCAGGGCUGACAGGCGAGCGGCCGGCGCUGCUGCAGCCUCGGCCGUUUCCACCUCUGUGACGUCUACGGCCACUGUUACUCCUGUUCCCGCUGCUACUGUCGCGGCUGUGCCUGUGUCCGUGCCUGUUCCUGGAACUGCUGCAACGGGGCCAGGGACAGGGACGGGGACGGGAACAGGAACGGCGGACCACCUGAACCCGUCUUGGGGUUACGACUUGAACCUGCUCUCCCAUGCAGCCAGCCAUGUAGCUCUUGAAGGUCAGGGUCAUGGCCAUGGUCAUGGUCAUGGUCAUGGUCAUGGACAGCCACAGCUUCAGGUUCACGGACAGGGACAGCUCCAGGUCCAGCAGCAGCACGACAGAAAGGUCGCUCCUGUGUAUGAGCGGCCCAUCUCGGAGAACUACGGGGUCGAGCCAUCGAUACUCGACCUCGCUGAUCUUGGUGACCCCGUACAGGACUUCACCACUUUUCUCGAGAGCGUUGGUCUCUCCUCCGACUGGGAUUCGGGACUGUUCAACUCGGUAGAGCCUGAGCCGCUGCUCUCGACCCCUAUACCCGCACUAGAUGGCUCUACAAAACAGCAGUCCUUUGGCACAGCUCCCAGGUUCACUCAGGAGUUAGACUCCCGCAACAUAGCCCAGCUUGCUCAAACAACAGGCACUCCAACAGCUCCAGCAGCAGCCGCAGCAGACGAAGCACCUUCGUUUUCAAACUUUGGCUCUCGACUACCGUCUCUCCAACCAGAGGCACAGGACUCCGAUGCCGGUACCUCAGAGCACAACUCCCAGCCCCGGCCGGCGUGGGACAUCUCUACCCAGGAACACCAGCUCUUCACGGCCAGGUUAGAAGACUUUGCCCAUGUUCUCCCCAAGAACUUUGUGCGGCCUUCUAGACAUGCUCUUUCCCGCUACAUGGCUGGCUACAUCAGUGGUCUCAACGAGCACUUGCCCUUCAUCCAUGUUCCAACUCUGUCCGUGGCCAGAUGUCCGCCAGAGCUGACCCUCGCUCUCGCUGCCGCUGGCUCCCACUACCGGUUCGAAAAUAGCAGAGGCAUCGAGCUCUUCCACGCUGCAAAGGCUAUUCUACUGGAACGCCUACGACGUCGGGACUCCAGGCGCACUACUACUACUACUCUCCCGCCGAACACCCAGUGGGGACCCAACAGUACCCCUCGGGCGUCUUCGUCGGUGGUAUCGAAUCCAAGUAACAGUCCAUUCCCCCAGCAGCAGUUCAUACCCUUCAUGGACAAUACCUCGCUGCCAGGUGAGGAUGCCGAGGGACAGAUGGAGAUCAUCCGUACUUUCUUACUACUUACCAUCUUUGCCUCCUGGGAGAGCCAUCCAGACAUACUUCGCGACAUGCUUGCCCUACAAAGUACCCUCGCCCGUCUAGUCCGAGACCAUGGCCUUAAAGAGUCUCCAGCAACCACCACCCCGCCAGAGUCGCUCUCCUGGCCAGACUGGUCCAGGCUGGAAGCAGACAGGCGCACAAAGCUUGUCGUCUAUUGCUUCUUCAACCUCCAUUCUAUCAUGUACAAUAUUCCCCCCUUAAUCCUAAACUCCGAGCUCAACCUCAACAUGCCCUGUUCCGCUGAUGAAUGGAAAGCAAAUACCGCCAGCCAGUGGCGCCGUGUUCGCCGUCCCUCGUCAGAUACCAACACCACUCCUACCCCCUCAUCCUUCCAGGACGCCCUCGCAAAUCUCUUCACCAAGUCCGCUGCUGCUGCUACUAGCAGCACACCACCCCCUUCCAACCCGGUGUCUCCACUAGGUAACUACGUACUCAUCCACGCCAUCAUCCAACAAAUCUUCUUCGCCCGCCAACUCUGUCUCUCUGCCCCUUCUAUGGCUGGCACCAGCCUACGACCCGACGAUCUAGCCGUCAUGGGCAACUCCCUUAGUGCCUGGAAACGCGGCUGGCGUCAGACUCCCGAAUCGAGUAUCGAUCCACAAAACCCCGCUGGACCCAUAGCUUUCACUUCCACAGCUCUGCUUGGUCUAGCGUAUAUACGCCUACACCUCGACCUCGGACCAUGCCGUCGCCUCGUCACCCAGGACCCUGUCCAAAUCGCCCAUGCACUCAAUGACUCUCCACCGCUGACCCGCAGCUCCCGUCUGAUAAUGGCCCUCUUACACUCCGCUCAUGCCCUUUCCAUCCCCGUCCGGCUAGGUAUUGACUUCGUGGCUCGUACUCACUCCUUUUUCUGGUCAAUACAGCACUCAAUAUGUUCCCUUGAAUGCGCAUUCCUCCUCUCGCGCUGGUUGCUCUCUAUACCUGCCACCCAACAUGAUCAGGGCCUGUCAGACCAUGAGCGAAAACUCCUUCUCUGGGUCAAGGGCAUGAUAGAUGAAACAGACAUGUCUUCCUCCGUCAGUGCAGCCACGGAGGCAGAACUCAUUACUGACCCAGCCCUAAUGAGACGGCUUAGCGUUGCCGUUGUACGUGUCUGGUCAAGGACCUUCAAGGGGAAUACGAGCUGGCCUAUCGUAGAUCUCAUCGGCGCCAGCCUGGAAAUAUACGCUGAUUUACUCGAUAUAUAG